AUGUUCUCGUGCAAGACCCGGUACGCUUGCGGCCGGAGCCGGCAGCAGCACAGCGACAGCGACGAGGACGGAAGCUACGGGUUCGGGGCCGUGGGAAACCGGACCAGGGCCGCCGCCACCUCGGCGUACGGCAAAGCCGGUCAGUCGUCGUCGGACGAAGGCGACUAUCACAUUUACGGAAACGUGACGUUCGGUUACAAGCCCAUAUUGAAGACGCGGCUGUCGAGCGCCGCUAGUUCGGUGCGCCGACGGGCGCCCGUCAAGCGGACCGUCAGCUUUUCCGGCGUGUUCCGGUCCCCGCCGUCCCCGCCGUCACCGAUCAGACGCCGCAACAGCUUCCGGCCUCCGCCCCCGUGCUAUUCGUUGGCCGUGCGUCGUGCUUCCAGUUUUUCCACUACCCGCAAGAACGUGGCCCAGAUGAUCGCUCAGAGACAGCGCAUGCCGCUGCCCGGCGAACAGACCUUUACGUCGCUGCCGCAGCCGCCCACAGACGGACGACGCGUUUUCGCCGCGCCGCCGUUACCGCCCGCGAACGAUCGACGCGUUUUCGCAGUGCCGCCGUUACCGCCCGCAGACGGUCGACGCGUUUUCGCCGUGCCGCCGUUGCCGCCCGCGGACGAACGACGCACGAACAGCGGCGACAUUACGUCGACCGCAACCCUUCACACCAGCCGAGUCGUCGUCGACGUGCACAAGUCGUCUAAUCGCUCGGAAACGCCUCCGACCGCGGUCGCGCCCACUAGUUUGGAUAAAAGCCCGUCCAAGCCAGUCGACAAUGUAAUAUUAAAAGCACCUAAUGCCACAGAUAUAGCUGGUCAGCGGAUGGAUUCUUAUAGAUUCUCGAUGGCAAAUUUAGAAGAUACUCAAGACGUAGACUUAGACGCCGUGUUGGGUGAGCUAUGCGCAUUAGAAUCCCAAUACCAGAGCACGAAUAGUCUAUUAGAUUCGGAAAAAAUCGAUUACAAUACAAUAAACAGGAUGCUGUCAAAUUCAAAUCAGCCGGGAACAGUGAGGACUGAUAGCCCGGAUAAUGAUUCCGCGUUCUCUGAUUGCGUAUCGUUGUUGUCGAGCAGCGAGAGUUCAGCUUCGAGCGGCACUACCAAUCAUUCUAGAAAUAAAGAAUCGUCUAAAGCGGAUAAAAUUCGUCUGGCCUUACAAAAAAUGAAGGAGGCUAGUGUAAAGAAACUAUUCAUCAAAGUGUUCAACGACGACGGGGGAGCAAAAUCGUUACUGGUCGACGAGGGUAUGCGCUGUAGUUACGUGAUGCGAUUGUUAGCCGACAAACAUCACAUUAAUCUCGGACCGCGCUGGGGGCUUGUCGAACAUCUGCCGGACCUUCAUAUGGAACGCGUUUACGAAGAACACGAGUUGCUAGUAGACAAUUUAAUGUUAUGGACCAGAGAUUCCAAGAAUCGUUUAUUGUUUGUCGAGCGGCCCGAGAGGACGUUAAUAUUCGAAAAUCCGUCGUUGUUUAAUACCAGCACUCAGUCGCUCAGCCACGCGACUAGUAACUUUGCCCAAGAAUACUUUUGCAACGGCGGCCUCCCGAGCGUAGAAGGCCCGCUAUACAUCAAGACCGACUCGAGGAAGGGCUGGAAGAAGUACCAUAGCGUGCUCAGGGCUUCGGGCCUGUACUAUUAUAAGGACAAGGCGUCGCGGUCGCCGAAGGAUCUCGUCUGCCUGGCCACGUUCGACGUGAACCAGGUGUACUACGGCGUUGGCUGGCGGAAGAAGUACAAGGCGCCCACCGAACACUGUUUCGCGAUCAAGCACCCGUGCCUGCAGCAGCCCAAGUCGACCAAGUACAUAAAGUACGUGUGUGCCGAGGACGAGCGGACGUUGCACAAGUGGAUGUCGGCCAUAAGGAUCGUCAAGUACGGACAGCAGCUGCUCGACAACUACGAGUCGGCGCUGGCCGGCGGAGACGGUGACUCGGCGCAGACGUCGUCGUCCAUGUCGCCGGCGACUCCGUCGUCGUCGUCUGGCACGUUGCUGCAUCGGGGCGAUGGGUCGGUAGGACGAGGAUCGGUGGGACUCGACGACGACGACGCGGCCACCAUGAUGCUGGACGACGGCGAGAGCGGACUGUCGUCUGACUCCGGAGGUUCGUCAUCCGGUUGCGACGUGGCGUUCGAGUCGGACUAUCCGCCGUGCGGCACUAUCAAGAGGAAACCGCCCAAACUUCCGCUGACGGCCACCACGCGCCAACUCACCUGUUCCGCAACGGAGACGUCGGCGGCAGCAGCGACGGCGUUCGCCGCGGCCACGGUGGCUGUGGGCCAACAAAAACCCGUCAAGUCGGUCAAGUUCGCCGACCACCACCUCCACCAGCAACCGUCAUACCAGCAGCACCAUCACCAGCAGCAACUGCAGCAGUACCAACAGUACCAUCACCACCACCAACAACAACUACAGCAACAACAACAACAACAACAACAACAACAACAACAGUACCUUCACCAUCAAAUGCAGCACCGCCGGACGCCUAGUCUGGAAUCGUUGCCACCUCCUCCCCCCGAACUGUUGGUCGACCACGAUGGCGGCGCCGACGACGACGACGAGCUGAUGAACGCGGUGCCUCCCCCGCCGCCCAAGCUGCUGUCGCCUCCCAGUACGGCAUUCCUGGCCGACCUACACCGGGUGGUGUGCAAGAAGUGGCAGGUGGCGCAAAAGUGCAAGCUCGACACGAUGGCAACCCCCCACGAAGUGCUCGGAUUCCGGGACCCGGCGAACGGGCUCCAAGUGCAGUACGCCGACGGCGGCGCCGCCGGCACGGACAACAACAACGCGUACAGCCGCGAGGCCAACGUCAGCAAUUGGGUGGCCGAACACUACGGGCCCAACAACCUGUACGAGAACGUGUACCCCAAGCAGCAAUCCGCAGGUCCGGGCCCGGCCGCUUGUUCGUCGCCGCCGCCACCGCCGCCGCCGCUGCAGCAGCCGACGGCCCAGCAUCUCCGCGGAACCAACAAGAUCAACAAGCGACCGCCUCCGCCGCCACCACCGAGGUCCGAGAAGACGCAACUCACCACCGUCGUCUCGUAACGACCGGUGCUGUCGUCCAAUCAACUGUUCGUUUUUCAAAAUUGGCUUUUCGAUUUUUGUCGCGUUUGGCAUGCGGCCCAACGCAGUGCGCAUCGUCGUCGUUAGUCGUUGCCGUCUAUUGUAAUACAAUGUCUUGUCAUGUAUUAUAUCUACUCAUAUUAUUAUUAUUAUUAUUAUUUUUUUUUUCUGUACAACCGAAUUGUGUGAUAUAUUUGUUAGAUAUCGUUUUUUUUAUUCGGUUUAUAGUGUAAUAUUAUAAUAUAUUAAUACCGCUGUAGUGAACGUAGGGAAAAUUAAGCCGUAUUGCAGAGUAUCCUGGAUUGGUCAAGGACGCCGGGGUCGUGCUAUGUGCGUUAUGACAACCGACGUUAACUGCAACUGACUCAAGCAGACUGCAUUCAAAUCGCAUAACCACAACAUUAUUGUGUGCGUUUCAGCCGUCCCGAUUAAACAUAAACUCAUUGCCCUGUCAUGUCAAUGGGUUUGUCGCCAAAAUGAAGUAUAGCCUAAUUUUUUUACUAAUAAAUGUCAACAUUGCUACGGAAUUAUGACAAUUGAUAGUUAAUAUGAUAAUAUUGAUAAUACCAUAGACUUUUUUUACUCUAUUUACUUAAUUAUUAUAUGUCUAUGGAUUAUAAAUUUCCAUGUAGUAUUUAAGAUUUUCAUUUUUGGUGACAAAUUUUAUUGGCAGUAAAUAAUUAGUAACAAUAAUGCCUGCUGUUGUCGACUGGCUAAUUAAAAUACUAUGGAAAAAGUGCAUAGUAUGACCUCAUCCUGAUUGUUAAUUUUUUUUUGUUCAUAUGGCCACAGGCGUCCAAAGGAGACAAACACAUCAUACAGCAUCUUCCUUUACUCCUGUGUUUUGUGUUUAUUAAUUUUUCUUUCUACAAAUAAUAUUGUUACUAAAAGACUGUAUUUUUAUUUAUUUUUUUUUUU